UGGAAUUACACCUGUCCAAUGAUGGAUUUCAGGUAGCAGAGCUUCAGCUCGUUUGUCGUCAUGUCCGUGCCCGGGUGUCCUCUGAGCGUGGCCUCGUUUGGAAUGUAAAUGUUGAGGAACCUGAACUUUCAACUAAAUGUGAGGGCAUCAGGAAGUCGUGAUGGUGCUUUACAAAGGGCCACGGCUGCUGGAGUUUGCAAAGACCCCAACGCAUCUUCAGUUCAACAAAUAUGUCCUGACAGGUUACCGGCCGGUGUCCACAGCUCAGGAGUGCGUCAGGAGCCUCUUCUACUUGCACAAUGAGCUGGGGAACAUCUACACACAUGGAAUACCUUUUUUCCUUUUCUUGGUGCUGCUGCCUUUCAGCAUCCCCUGGGAGGAGGUGGACAGUGUCUGGAUCUGUGUGGUCCACUACUUGGCCUGCCUCUCUCCCACGGUGGGCUCAGUGGUCUACCAUGUGUUCAUGAACCAUGUGGGAGGAGAGCAUGUGUACGACACCCUGCUAUCCCUGGACAUGUUCGGGGUCUGCUUGGUUAACACCCUUGGCGCACUCCCCAUCAUCCACAUCACCCUUUUCUGUUACCCGGUCCUGCGACGAACUGCCCUGCUGACCUACAUCGUCUUGUCAACCUACGGCAUCUACUGUGCCACCACAGCCCGCACCAACGUCCUGCGCCUGCGAGCAUUUGUGUGGCAGGCCCUGUUCCGCUUCAUCCUCUUCCUUUUCCGGGUGUUCGGCAGUGGGGUGGGCAGCCCCGACUCACUUCGCCUCUUCGUUACCAUGGACUCUCUCGCUGUACUGGGAGGACUGGUCAACAUAAUCCAGAUCCCAGAGCGCUUUGUCCCAGGCCUGUUUGACAACUGGGGCAACAGCCACCAGAUCAUGCAUGUCAUGGUCAUUUGCUCCAUUAUCUACCUGCAUUGGGGCACACUGGAGGAUUUAGCCUGGAUUAAGACCUACCAGUGUCCGACUGAGUGAUGCCAAGUGUAUCAAGUUCAGACAGGAUGCACUCAGGGAUACGCUGAUAGGAAACAGAUUAGGCUUCAUAAGGCAGGAGGAGUAAAGCAUAAGCACAGAGUGGUCUAAAGAUGCACUUUAGUUCUAGCUGCUGAAAGGAAAUUUGACACUUGUCCAGAGCAGAACAGGAGGAACCUACAGUGUUGUAACUGUGGCUCUCCAUUAUCACUUGAUCAAAUUAAAAAUCCUGAGCAUACUUGAUUCUUAGUUUGUUGAAAUGCAGUAGUUCUGGGUUGUAUUACCCAUUACAAAAAUAGCUGUGAAAAUGGAAAAAAAUUACAUUAUUUUCUGAAUUAAAUUAUAUAUUUUUUAUAACCGACUACUACUUGUGGUUAUUCAUGCAUGGUGUGAAU